AUGAAUGCAUUUGCCCGUAACCCGUGUGGUGUUCCUGUUAGAUCUGAUAUUAAUAUAUGUAAACGUCGGCUUAACACCUGCGUUAAGGAGAUAACUGCUGACUUGAUAGGUUUUAUCAUGGAAGAGGAAACAGCAUUUGAUGAGGAUCACAACACAGAAGAAAGCAUUGGAAAACGGAAUCAAGGAACAUGGGACAACAGAGUGGAGUAUAUACUGUCACUGUCUGGUUAUACAACAGGUAGUUCUGACUUCUGGAGGUUUCCCUACCUUAUCUGGAGAUAUGGAGGAGGAACCUUUAUUCUGGCCUACAUCUUCAGUGCUGCAGUUGUAGCUGUUCCUGUCUACUACCUAGAAGUAACUGUCGCACAGUUCUCAGGUCGGGGCAUGUUCGACGUGUGGGAAAUAUCACCUAUCAUGAAAGGAUUAGGAAUAGGGAUGUUCAUCAUCAAUUUUGAAUAUCUCAUCAUAGCACCCACCUUCCGACUGUGGAUUAUGCAGUAUAUCGGAUAUAGUUUCAUGUCUCCGUUGCCAUGGAAACGAUGCGACAAUCCAUGGAAUACCCCAGCUUGUGUGGAUCUUUAUAUCACUCUGCCAGCAAAUUCAACAAAGAAUAUAUCACAGGGCGAAAUAUCGGCACACAAUGUGUCGUCGGCAAUUACAGCACCUCCCGGUGCUAGCAGAAGAGGAGUUUUUCCUACACAAGAUACUACAAGUUUGAAUUCCGUGUAUGAUUUAGGAACAUUUCGAUGGGAUUUGUGCCUCUGCUUACUGGUGUUCACGACUCUUUGCGCUGCCAGUGUGAUAAAGGACGUGAAGUCUAUUGGGAAG